AUGCGCGGGUUCAUCCCCCUUCUUCUGGCUCUUUCUACUUCGUAUACAACCGUCACUGCACUUCCCCAGCCUAGAAUCGUGCACCGUGAUGCUACAGCCAAACCAAAGUACUCAGUCGUUCCUUUGGAACCUGGCGACGAUGACCCCGCCUCAGGCGACCUUGGUGGAGGAAAUGGGAAUGGGAAUGGAAAUGGGGGCAGCAGCAAUGGUAGCGGUGGCGGUAGUAGUGACAACGACGGAGAUGGCGUCGUGACAGUCAUCCGAACUGUGACACGAAAGCCAGUCACAAAAAUUGUCACCCAAACUGAAAAGCCCAGUAUCAUCACUGCUCCCGGAAAGACUGUCACCAAGGCAGUCCCUACUACCGUCUCGGUUGUCAACAUGGACGAUGAGCCAGUCACUGAGACUGUCACUGUCUCUCACCCCAGCUCAAAGCCCAAAGCACCGGAGAAGCCGACAAUCACACAGAAGCCCGGCACUAAUACCGACGAGCGAGAGCCGAUUAUACAAAGUCCAACUGAUUUGAGCUCGGCCGCCGCUCCAGGAGUGACAUCUCAGCCCAGACCUCAGCCUCAACCCGUACCCCAACCUGAACCUGAGCCUGAAUCACCUACCAACAUUGAGUCGCCUCAGACUACUGAAACAUUCUCAGCUCCGGCUUCGGAACCAACCACACUCCUUACCCAGACAAGCGAGGGUGCUAGAGCUCCAGAACAAACUGAACGUCCUGCACCGGACGCUCCAGUGGCGCCUAUUCCUUCACAGGAGACCUUUGCUGAAGGCCAUGCGACUCAGGAUGAAUCCUGGUCUACUGCCGCCGUACCUUAUGAGCCCCCUGUAGCGCCCACGACUUUUAUCACAUUUACUACCACUACUACUUCAAACACCGAAAAUAGCACCCCUGAGCCAAGCUCUGCCUCAAAGACACAUGAUAAUGGCGCAUGGCACACCUCUUACCCGGCCUGGAAUGGCACAGCAUUGGCGAUCUGA